UCGAUCACUUUGUGGAAGGAAGCCCCAACUUCAGUUUAGCAACGUUGUUGUGACACACACGUUCCACGAAAAAAGCCCUUGAUUUGACGAAGAGAUUGAUGCCUUAAACCUCCUCUUUCAACCAACAAUUCCCAAAGGCCAAAGCUCCCUCCUUUUUCAUAGUGGGCAGUGUGUGAGGACUCUGACGAGUUGCUCCUGAGAAUGGAUGAUGUAGCAGGUUUGGUUGAGGCAGCAGGGUCGAGAUUUAGUUCAUUGGAGCUCAUUGGACAAGGAUCAUUUGGCGACGUCUAUAAAGGGUUUGACAAGGAGCUCAACAAAGAAGUUGCUAUCAAAGUGAUUGAUUUGGAAGAAUCAGAGGAUGAAAUUGAGGACAUUCAGAAGGAAAUCUCUGUUCUGUCACAAUGUCGAUCUCCGUACAUUACUGACUAUUAUGGGUCCUUUCUCAAUCAAACUAAACUUUGGAUAAUAAUGGAAUACAUGGCUGGAGGCUCUGUUGCUGAUCUACUCCAAUCAGGUCCUCCACUUGAUGAAAUGUCAAUUGCGUGCGUUCUACGUGACUUGCUUCAUGCAAUUGAUUACCUACAUAAUGAAGGAAAAAUUCAUAGAGACAUUAAAGCUGCAAACAUUUUAUUGACUGAGACUGGUGAUGUAAAGGUUGCAGAUUUUGGUGUUUCUGCACAGUUAACUAGGACUAUAUCAAGGAGAAAGACAUUUGUAGGAACACCAUUCUGGAUGGCACCUGAGGUUAUUCAAAACACAGAAGGAUAUAAUGAGAAGGCAGAUAUCUGGUCUCUGGGUAUUACUGCAAUUGAAAUGGCAAAAGGGGAGCCACCACUUGCUGAUCUUCAUCCUAUGAGAGUGCUUUUCAUCAUACCCCGAGAGAAUCCGCCGCAGCUAGAUGAGCAUUUUUCUCGUCCCAUGAAAGAAUUUGUUUCAUUGUGUUUGAAGAAGGUUCCUGCCGAGAGGCCAAGUGCUAAGGAACUUCUCAAACACCGUUUCAUUCGGAGUGCUAGGAAGAAUCCAAAGCUUUUAGAGAGAAUAAGGGAGCGACCAAAGUAUCAAAUAAAGGAAGAUCCGGUGGAACCUAGAAAUGGCCCGGGUGGAAUAGGGGAGGCAUCUGAUACUAUCAAGGUGGCAAGAGAUUUAAGAAGUGAAGAAACUAAUCAGCCCAGUGGUCAGGGUAAAACCCUGAAAAGUUCUGGGUGGGACUUCAGCAUUGGGGGAUCACAGGGUACUGGAACCUUUCGUAGUGUUUCACGACCACCUCAGUUUAGAGAUAAGAAAGCUGAAGUUUCAAAUCAUCAGCUUAACCAAAGGAAAACUUCAGAUAGUGGCUAUCAAGAGGGAUCUGCCAUUAGAAGUGCCCUUAAUGAGUCGCUAGAAACUUCUUUUAGAAAAGAUCUCGGAGUUUCCUACCAUGAUGAGAAUCCAGAUAAUCACCUUGAAGAUGAUGAAUUGUCUGGGAAUGGAUCAGGAACUGUUGUUGUUAGGCCUCUCAAAGGAUCACAGCCAUCACUGUUUCGUGACCAAAGUUCUCUGUCUAGCAGCAGCUAUGCUUCUUUUGAAGAUUCUUCUACCAGUGGAACUGUUGUUUUGCGUAGUCAGCAUGAUGAUUCUGAUUCUCCACAGACACCAAGGUCCCGACUGGGACUUAAUAGCAGAAAUUCAAAUGCCUCACUGGAAGAUAGUGCUACAAAUCUUGCUGAGGCAAAGGCAGCUAUCCAAGGAGGAUUAAAGAAAGUGAAUGCUCGAGAGAGAUUUGCACUUGGAAAACUCAACAAUGAUGUACAGGAAAGCAGGAGAGAUGAAAUGUCAAGCAGCUCUGAUUCUUCCAGACCAUCUCGUGAAUACAUUGAUUCACAGAAAGGACUUUCAAGGUCUCAUUAUGCUAGUGAUGAUGAAGAAAGUUCCAAAAUAAUGUCAUCCUCUCUGCCGUUAUCUGUUUUGCUUAUUCCUUCAUUAAAAGAGGCCAUUGCUGAUGAUCCAGAAGGGUCGGUCGUGCAAUUUGUUAUCAACUCACUUGUAAACAUGGAGAGGACAAAGCCUAGAUCCUGUGAUGCCUUUGUCAAAAAGUUGCUUCAGCGGUUGGCAAGUUCAAAGGAGUCUUCAUUGAAGGAUCUGCAAGAACUGGCAGGCCAAAUUUUCAGCAAAACCAAUUCAACUGAAGAAACCCGAAAUGCAGAGCCUGAUAACAGGAAGAAACAACAGAACAAGGAAGUUCAUUCAAAUAGCAAUUUAAGCCCACUUGCAAGAUUUCUUCUUUCAAGAUGGCAAGGCCAAACCUCACGGGAUCUAAAUCCAGCUUGAACGGAGUUAGAGUAAAAAUUUUUGCUUGGUGUUUUUGUUUCUGCAUUUAUUCUGAUUAAAUGUACAUAUAUGGUGCCAAGAAAUUGAUUUUUUCAAUUUUGUAUUAGUAUUAUUAUAUGUUUUUUUAUUUUUUAUUUUUCUUGUAAUGAUAGUUACAGUAUUGUUGUAUAA